AGUCUUAUUCAAAAGAUUUGGGUCUAUCCCUCCAAAUACAGGAAAUCUUCUUUUACAAUUCAUCUGGUGUCUUCCUUGAUGCUAAAGUAGAUCAUUAGCAUUAUUACCAUCUAAUUGCUUCACUUUUUUGACAUUUCUUUCCCAAAUACAUUCUCUGCUUAACUUCCAUUCAUCAAGAAGUCCUUAAUUAAUAUAGAAUAUUAAUCCUUUAAUCCUUAUAAAGAAGAAGACAAAUACUGCAUAGACCUCAUCUAAAAUUGCCCCUGCUCUCUAAUGGCUUCUUGUUGCUAUCCUGCUGAUUUGUUUUCUUGGGUUCAGAACCUUCCACCAAUUACUGAAUGGCAAACAAAUUCCAUGUCCAUAUGCAUAUGUUCUUCUAGUUCAUCGUCCCAACCAUCACUUAAUCUUUCUGUGACCAAGAAUCUUCAAACCCCAUCUGUCUCCUUCUCCAUUGUUGCAAAUUUCAGUCUCUCCUUCUCUCUUUGGACAUCAAAGCCUAUCAAAACAAACUCUAAAUCCUUGAAGUUAUUAGAUGAUGAGACAAUUUCUAGUUUCUUAAUCAACCUUAUCGAAGAUGUCCUCAGUUAUUCUUCAAACAAGUGUAAAUCUUCUAUCAGAGUUCCAAAGCUGGACUUUGGCUCCAAUUUUAAAGACAUGUUCAACCUAGCAUUUCUCACAGUCUCAUUCCUUAUUUGCAUAUAUGAAGCUCCUGCAGAUCUUCGGUCGGAAUGUCUGGCUAGUCUCAAGACUGAACUGACUAAUUGCAGAUUAAGAGAAGGAUCAAAGUCGCUUAUGAAAAUCAUAGGAUCUAAUCUGGAAGAACAAUGGAUGCGUUCGAUCAAUCUUGCAAUCACAAAUUGGACUUCUGAGCUUGAAGUUACCAACCGAAUUCUCAAGACACCAUCUCCACUCUUUUCUUACUCAUUUUCUACAUUUGAGUUCUGGAAAGUUCAGUUGUAUUGUCCUGUCAUAGCUAUGGAUAUUGAAAGCUCAAGUAAUCCUUUAGCUGAUGAGAGAUUGCUCUUCUCCCUCAGACACCAUCAGCUUGAAGGGGUAAUACAGUUCAAUUACAGAGUCAUCAUUCAAGAGAAGUGGGUGGAUGUGAUUGCAACUAUAGAUAAUAUAAGGUGUGAUGUUAUUCGACUGGUGAAUGAGACUCUCAUGGCGAAACAAGGAGUCGGAACAGAAGAGAAACAUUUUCCUUCACGAAUAUCAUUACACUUGACUCCGAUCAUGCAGACCAACAUAACAAGUGUUUCGGUGGGAAAAUCUUCGGAUAAUCCGACGAGAGAGAUUGAGUUAGAAAAAAGUAUUGAAACUUCAUUUGAUCCUCCUAAUACAUUCUUAGGGCUUAAGCUUUCAGUAGGAGAGACUGUGUCAACCAGCAUGAAGCCUUGGAAAUUUGAGGAAUCUGUUCAUGGCUAUAGCGCUAUAUUGAACUGGUUUCUUCAUGAUAGCAUGGAUGGAAGGGAAGUAUCCUCUUCCAAACCAUCAAAGAUGGCACUGAUCAACCCUAAAGCUUGGUUCAAGGAUCGAUAUGCGAGUGCUCAUCGGCCUUUCACUAAGCAAGGAGGUGUGGUUUUCGCUCGCGAUGAGUAUGGAAAUGGUAUCAAGUGGAAAGUGGACAAAAGUGCUAUAGGGAAGACAAUGGAUUGGGAGAUCAAAGGGUGGAUUUGGUUAACUUAUUGGCCCAACAAAUAUAGAACAUUUUAUAGCGAGACUAGGAGGCUGGAAUUCAGAGAAAUUGUUCGUCUUACCAUUGCUUAGGUAACUAAGUUUCUCACACAUCCUCAACAAGUAUCAGCAUCUACAGGGCAAUUUACAGCUUCAUGUUCCCAUUUUGCUCUUUUCUUUCCAGAAUAAAAAAAAAAAACUUUCCAAUGCUGAUUUCCAAAUUGGAAACCAAAAUUGUAUAAGUUUUUCAUCAAUUGAUAAAGAGAAUCAGAUAUCGAAGCAGAAUAA